AUGAAAAGAAGAACUGUACACCCAGAAGCUACUAUGGAUGUUGGUGAAAUGAUUUCCUUCAGAGGAUAUCCCAGUGAGACAUAUGAAGUGGUGACAGAUGAUGGGUAUAUCCUGAGUAUUAACAGAAUUCCUCAUGGGAAAAGAAAUAACCGGGAAUCAGGUCCCAGGCCCGCAGUGUUCUUGCAGCAUGGCUUGCUUGGUUCUAGCAGUAACUGGGUGUUUAAUAUGGACUACAACAGCCUGGGCUUUAUAUUGGCUGAUGCUGGUUAUGAUGUUUGGCUUGGAAACACCAGAGGUAACACUUGGUCCAGCAAACACAUCAACUAUACUGAGAAGCAUCAAGAAUUCUGGCUAUUCAGUUUUGAUGAAAAGGCUAAAUACGACCUUCCAGCUUCAAUAAACUUUGUCCUGAACAAAACUGGUCAGGAAAAAAUAUUUUAUGUUGGUCAUUCCGAGGGCACCACAAUGGCAUUCAUUGCAUUUUCAACCAUGCCACACCUAGCCAAGAAGAUCAAGAUGUUCUUUGCAUUGGCACCAGUAGUCACUGUUAAGUAUUUGACAAACACGGCUUUGACUAAACUUGCAAUGGUUCCUGAACCUAAGCUCAAAGUAUGUAUUUCAGAAAAAAUACUUGUUCAAACAACGGAAUGCAAAUAUUGCCUAAUGUAUGUUGUCUUCAUCGGAACUGGCUUUAAUGUGCUAAACAUCAAUGCGAGUCGAAUCGAUGUUUAUUUAUCACACUUCCCAGCUGGGACAUCUAUCCAGAACAUGCUUCACUGGACUCAGAUUGUGAAGGCUGGGAAGUUCAAAGGCUUUGACUGGGGAAGCAAGGAAGCAAACAUGGCUCACCACAACCAGUCAACACCACCUUUCCACAACGUACAACGGAUGACUCUUCCAACAGCUGUCUGGAGUGGUGGUAACGACUGGCUUGCAGACUCAAAGGACAUGGCCCUCUUGCUGCCUCAGAUCCCAAACUUAGUUUACCACAAGGAUAUUCCUGAAUGGCAACAUCUGGAUUUUGUCAUAGGCUAUGAUGCCCCACAGCGCAUGUACAUAGAGAUAAUGGAUUUAAUGCAGACUUAUAAGUGAAUGUGAAAUAUUCCUUCAGAACCCAUUACUGUCAAUGUGUGUUGAUGAAAAGCACUACAAGAUUUCUUAAGAUUCCAUUUCUCAUAUAGGUUCAUCACAGUCUCAGUUAUAAGAAAGAUUUGCUUAGUAACCUUGCCUUUUCUAAUUCUGUCAGUGACCAUGGGUGUUCCUCCGUUGUUUUAGGAGCGGCUAAGAUUCUUUGCUGCUCUUGCUUCCUCAUGCUGUGUAGCAGAGUCUUGUUCUAGCACAGCAUGCCUAUUGAG